UCAUACACACAGAGCAUACAGUAGAGCAACGGGCCCGCACACCGGAAAUAGACAGCAGCCUACUGUAGCACUAGCCAACCUCCAUGUGUGUGCUGUCACAAGGGUGAAGACUUCACGAACACACAAUACAAUUCUAUCUACUGAAUUUGAAGACCAGGGAAGACUCAAUUCAAACUGAACGGAAGGGACUGACACGGACAUGGCGACAUCUAGCCCCUGUAUUGUGCUCAGCGAUGAUGAGCAGGGGUAUGACCUGGACUUGUUCUGCAUACCAAAGCAUUACGCAACAGACCUGGAUAGAGUCUACAUCCCCCAUGGACUCAUCUUGGACAGGACAGAGAGACUGGCCAGAGAGAUUAUGAAGGAGAUGGGGGGGCACCACAUUGUGGCCCUCUGUGUGCUCAAAGGCGGUUACAAAUUCUUUGCAGACCUGCUGGACUACAUCAAGGCCCUGAACAGGAACAGUGACCGCUCCAUCCCAAUGACAGUGGACUUCAUUCGCCUCAAGAGCUACUGUAAUGACCAGUCGACUGGUGAAAUCAAAGUCAUUGGUGGAGAUGACCUGUCUACACUGACGGGCAAGAACGUCUUGAUUGUGGAGGACAUUAUCGACACAGGGAAGACAAUGAAGACAUUAUUGGAACUCCUCAAGCAGUACAAACCAAAAAUGGUUAAAGUAGCAAGUUUGUUGGUGAAGAGAACACCAAGAAGUGUCGGCUACAGACCGGACUUUGUAGGAUUUGAGGUGCCUGACAAGUUUGUGGUUGGAUACGCACUAGACUACAACGAGUACUUCAGAGAUCUAAAUCAUAUCUGCGUCAUUAGUGAAUCAGGGAAGGAGAAGUACAAGGCAUGAGGAGCACAUUGUCAUAAUUCUAAAUGUAUGGUUAAAUCUUAUCCUUUUGCUGUUCAUUUAUAUUUUAUUACUUCAUAUUCGUGUCAUAAAAUAUAUUCAACCUGCUCAGGGUCUCUGAGGAUACACCGCUGAAGGGAUUAUCCUGAGAGAAGCAUGGCCUGUUUUAGCCACCACACACACACACACACACACACACACACACACACACGCAUAUUUGACUGAACUUUAGAGAUUUUUUUCUUUUUCCUUACUUAGAUAGAACUACCUCUGGGUCAAACAGCAUGGAGCCCAGCAUCACUGGAAAUUAGUAUAAUGCUUCUAUUCCCCUACACUGAUUUUAUUAAAUGUGUUAAAUCAAUUGUAAUUUAUUUUGAGCAAUGCUGCUAGCUUUAAGUACAAACUAACAAUUGUUGUGCCAUAUCAAGAUAAACAACAUUUGACAACCUGCUAUGAAAAUGUAUAUCGCUUUUAAUUGAAUUUUACUUUUACCUUGAACUAUCAAAAGGUUUUUAUUGGCAAUCGUAAGGAGUGUCUCACAUUCUAUUUUAAUUUGUAAGUGGGAUCAAUACAUUUGUUUGUGUUACUGAAGAUUUAAGAUAAUUGCAGAAAAGUAACACAAAUGCUGGCUGCUGUCCCUAAUAAACACUUGGAUAUGUUGAAGAUGUAAUAUGUUCCCAAUUUAUCGGUGUUAAUGAUAUAUUUUAUAAUUUUUGUCACAUAAAAAGAUUUUGGGUGCAUGCUGCCUUGUUCAGAUAGAGAUCUUUCUAUUGCUGGAAAACAAUGUACAGUUUACAAAUGUGUAAAUGCUCAACUGAUACUUAGUUAUUAUUCAAUCAUGUUUGAAACUUUUAAUCUGCAUUUUCCUGACAGUGAUCACACAUUAUUUAAUUAGCUUUUUUUUGGUUUUACAUUUCUACUUUACUAUAUAAAAUGUUCACAUGCAGUGGCACCAUCACUGUAAACCAGUGUCAACUGAAUUUUGCAUACCAGCUAUUAAAUGUUCUCACCCCUUC